CCUAAUUUUAAUUAAUCUAAUCUAUUUUCCCCAUCAAUCAAAUGUGAUUUAAAUCAUCGCAGAGAGAGAUUGAGCUUCGCUUUAUGCCGCCAAGCAGCGGUCGUGUUGGUCUCGCCCUAGCUCCGCCGUCCAGAUUCGCCGCACCGGCUGCCCCUAAGGCGGCAGAGCGUACCAAACACCUGGCGGCGGACAUCGUUUUGUGGCCGAGGUACCAGAAAACCAGGGGUUUUUCCUGAGCUGCCAAGUAGCUAGGUCAAUGGACAUUGAGGUGUUAGACAUAGAAGACGAGAAGGUGUUGGACAUAGAAGGCGAGAACAACAAUGGCCGUGCCACCACCAAGAAGUCGAAACACCGCAAGAGAAAGGAGUAUAUGCAUGAUGAUGGUCACGUGGAAACUCGAGAGAAGCUUGCGAAGAGGAUUCUCUUGUCGCUGACCAGGCCAUCCUACGUUCUUGAACUUGGCCCCAAGCCUUUUAGGUUGGAGCACCGUAGGAGAUUAUGCUACCUGCUUCAGAGGCUUGUGAGGCAGCACAACUGGGUUGAAGCCAGCGGUGUUCUCAGUGCGUACUUGCAGGGAACCCUUAAUGACACCUCUCCCUUCAAGAAUCGUUUUAAGUUUUGGGUUUUAUUGGAGCUUCUGAAGCAUAUGGAAAGCCAAUCUAUUAAUCCAACGAGGAUCAAGAAUAUCUAUGAUGUUUGGGCAAAGAAGAAUGGAUCAAAGAAGAAUUGUCCAUUAGAGAGCAGAUAUGCAGUUAAUUUGGAGUUCAUGUUAUUCUGUCUUUCACAAGGCAAUGCUGGGGAUGCAUAUCAGCUUGCUCUGUGCCUCGAGCAAGAAAAAGUUGAUAUUGAUCCCGUGUCAAAGAUAAUGAUGGGCUUGACAUUCUAUGAGCUUUGGUAUUCUUCUAUCCCCAAAGAAUUUCAGUGGAUAGAUUCUGACCAAUUUGACUUACAAGAGAACUCACAUGUGGAUGAAACCUCAUUCAGCAAUGAAGUUGGACAGUCAGAGUGGCAUGAUUCAGUUGAAACCCACAUGGCUGACUCUCAAUAUCAAUGUGAUUCAGAUGCCUCUGUCAUGAAUGAUAGGAAAAUUUCUAGGGAUGUUGGCUUCAAUGAAGAUAGGGGAGUUUUCAUGGAGGUUGAUGUUAACCAUAAUAGAGAAAAACCGGAUCAGAACUUUCAUUCGCAAGGUUUUUACUUGAAUUCUGAAGAACAUGAAGGAAUGGGAGACCCUUUUCCAAACAGUGGAGGUCAUACACAAGAUACCUUGUAUGAUCUUGGGGGACUUGAUUUGUGGUUAUUGCCCUUGCGUUUUUCCAAUGAGAACAGUUUAGAGGAGUUCAUGUACAGGCAAAGAAAUCAGCUUAAUGACUAUUAUAAAAAUGCAGUAAAAUAUUUGCAACUAGCUCUCAACUCAAAGCCCUCCGGAUCAGCAGCAUUACUUCCAUUAAUACAGCUGCUGCUGAUUGGAGGUCAAGUUGAUGAGGCUCUAAGUACGCUUGAGAAACAAUGCUAUGAUUCAUCCUCUAUACUCCCCAUUAGAUUAAGGGCUGUUCUCUUGCAGCGUUUUGAUCGAAACAACUCUCUCUUGCUUCAUAGUUGUUUUGAGGAUAUAUUAAAGAAGGAUCCAACAUGCCAUGAUGCUUUAGCAAAACUUAACAAGAUGCACCAAAAUGGAGACUAUGCUCUUGAAUCUCUUCUGGAAAUGGCUGCUUUACAUUUAGAUGCUACCGAAGCAGAACACAGUACAUGGAGGGUGUUCUCUUCAUGUUUCUAUAAACUGUCUCUCAUUGAAGAAGACUGCAUGUCUAUAUGCUCUGUUCAAAAUGAAAAUGGACAGGGGCAACAUUGUUCCUUUAACAGAACCCCAAAAAUAUUUACAGAGGGUGUAUCAGGAAAAUCUUGGAGACUUCGCUGUAGGUGGUGGCUAACAAGACAUUUCAGCAAUAGCAAGCUUGAAUCAGAUAUUGAAAAUGGUGAUUUGCAGUUACUCACAUGCAAAGCAGCAUGUGCAUCCUAUAUGUAUGGACAGGAGUUCAGCUAUGUUGCCAAGACUUAUUCACAUUUAGAAAAGGAAAAUAAUAAGGACUUGCUCGUGUUCUUGGAUGAGCAUAAAAGAUGUUAUUUUGGAUUUUAUCAACAAUAUCAAAAGAAAACAACAUAUAUAAGAUAAUGAUGAUAUGUUUUUGCGCUGUGAGUAAUUAUUAUUUGCUUUCUUUAUCUCA